CCCUGAAAAUCCAUCUCAUUACGCCUCAACGGCUAUUUACUCCCCCUCCGCCUCCGCUCCGAUCGAAUCCGAUCCCCGCCCCCCAUGGCCGCCGCCUCCGCGUCGCCGCACCCGGCGGCAGCCGCCGACCUGCCCCCGCCCCCGCCGCCGCUCCACACCGCCGCGCCCCGCCCGCGCCGCCGCGCGCGGGAGGUCAGCUCCAGAUACCUCUCCACCCCCACCCCCGCCGCCCUCUCCUCCUCCGCCUCGUCCUCCCCGCGCCUCUCCACCUCCUCGUCGCGCGCAUCCUCGCCCACUCCGUCGCCGCGCGCCCACACGCGCGUCGCCACGCCCUUCGCCAACGAGAACCAGCCCCCGCUCGUCCCGCCCUCCACCCGCAGGCGAGCCGUGCAGAAGCUGUUCGGCGAAAUCGGCGCCAACCCGCGGGCCUCCGUCUCCUCCUCCGCCGCCGGCGCCCCGCCCCCCAGGAUCCUGCCCCGCGCGUCCAGCGGGCCGGCCCCGUCCACGGGGCGCAGGGGCUACCCGCGCCCCCCCACGCCCGCGCGCGCCUCAUCCUGCCCCUCCUCCGCGGACGACGCCGCGUCCUGCAGCUCCACGGACACCUCCUCCACCCUGACCGACUUCUCCGAGCCUGAUGGGAUCCUGGUGCCCGCCGCGCCCUGCGAGAGCCCGCCGCUGCUCGGCCCGGCGUCCUGCCGCGGCGGGCGCCUGUCGUCGGAGCUCCGGUCGUCGGUUCCUGAGUCGGGCGGGUCCACGCGCGGGGCGGCCAUCCCACUGUGCCACCGAUCGCUUAAUUCGGCUCUCUCGAGCUGCCCGGCUCCGGCGGCGAAGGUGAUGGCGGCGCCAAGGCCACCGCAGCCACAUGGGACGAAACUAGCGGAGAUGAAGAAGGCGGCGGUCAUUGGGGGGAGAAAGGUUGCCGGGAAGCAGGAGGACGUGCACCAGCUGCGGCUGCUGGACAACCGCUACGUUCAGUACAGGUUUCUGAACGCCCGGGGGGCAGAGGCGGCCAGGGCCAAGGCUGCUGCGGCGGAGAACUCCCUGUUCGGACUGGCUGAGAGAAUUGCUGGGCUACGAGAAUCAGUCGCUGAUAAGAGGGCAGAGGCUGAGAAGAUCAAGAGGGAUCAGAGAUUGUGCUCAAUUUUUGGUGGUCAGGUGCCGUAUUUGGAUCGAUGGAGUGAUGUUGAGGAGGAUUAUUCCAGCUGCUUGACAGGGGCAACAUCUGCGCUGCAUAACGCCUCACUAAGGCUGCCUAUAAUUGGGGGUGUUCGGGCAAACUAUGAGGAAAUCUCGGAAGUUCUUAACUCUGCUGCGCAACUACUGGAGCCGGCGUCGCCUCUUGUUCGAAAUUUAUUACCAAAGGUUGAAGAAGUUGAUGGUGUGGCCUCCAAACUUGCACAAAUAAUCACUAGUGAAAGGGACUUGAUAGAAGAGUGCGGGAAUCUACUAAAUCAAGCACACCAUAUGCAGAUGAGGGAGUACAGCUUGAGAAGCCAGCUGCUGCAGUUGAGAAGUUGAAGUGAAAGCGGAGGAAGCGCAGAAAAUGAACACGACACCAAGUCACAUCUUCCGACCAGUGGAGCUAAUUGUGCUCACCACUGGAAACAUUUUCCAGUAGGAGGGAGAGGUGGCCUGAUGAUCAUACAAAGUAAAAGGCAGAAGUAUCCUUCUGCUCUUUUUUUUGUUGGCGGGAAGAAGUCCUUCUGCUGAUCAAGAAUUCCUGAUUCUUUGUGGUAUAUAUGGUGUUUCUGUCUUUGGCCUCUCGUUUCUGUUAUCCUUGUGUAGCCAUGGAAAGAAUAAACUGAUAGAAGCAUUGCCCUUUACAUAAUCAAAAUUCGUUGAUUCUUUGUGUACUU